GCCUCACCGGUCGCUCUGCUCAUUUUUCACGGACUGUCGAUUUUCCCGGCAACUGAAGCGUAUACGACGCUAGUAUCCGGCCGGUUUGUCGUCGGGGCAUCAACGGCGGAUCGGUUAGUUCGCGGUUGAUCGUUGCACCGUUCAUUCUCUCUUUCCACUAGCUUUAUAUAUUUAUUAUAAUUGAUCUCCGCCAAAGACAUCAUAAUUCUGUAUCCGGAACGAAAGCUAACCGAGAGGGCUUGCAACGAGAAGGUAUGUUGUCACGCGUCGAUCUCUCGUGAGCAGCCAUCUGUCGCGCGGAAGGAAGUGUUCAUUUGGAUGUUAAAAAAAUUCAAAAAGACAUUAAGUCGGAUGUUCUGUGACCUGGUCAAAUCAAUGCGCGAUGAUGACAAGGAUCUCUGACAAUGAGAUAAGGAUUCCGAGAUCGUGAAGACGAAACCGCGAGUAGAGAGAUUCCGCCAGUGGAUUUCCGGCGCGAGCCCGUUCUUCAUGAACGCGUGGAAAGAUGUUGUCGAGAGUUAACCUGGUCGCGAUUCUGCUGACCUUGAAUUGCGUCAGCCGGACGAUGGAGUAUUCGAGAUCGCCGCAAGAGAAACGACAGGAGAAAGAAACAGCCGUCACUUUAGGUCAGAAGGUCCUCAGGUAUAUUGCGUACGGCAAUAACACGCUAGAAAAUCCGAUUUCCUCGACCAAUAGUCGCAUCGCCAAAGACAGGAGGCACGUUCGGGACGAACAUGGCGUGCAUUCCAAGACCGAAGUGGAGGAACGAGAUCGGCCGCGAAAUAGGAAACGAAGAAUGGACCGUACGAUGUUGGCGUUGCUGAUGGCGUACAAGCUGAAAUUUAUAGCUCUGAUACCGACGUUGAUCGGAGGUUUGAUUCUCCUCAAGGGAACGACGCUUCUUGCGGGAUUCUUUUUCUCGUUGUUCGCCGCGGUACUUGGAUUGAAAGUGCAUUGACAAACAAAAAAAAAAACGGGAGAAGAAGAACGUGACAGGAGGAUUUUUGAAAGGAGCGCAUCAAAAUACACAAAGAAGUGAGAGUGAUACAUGACUUUAUUUCGUAAAAUAAUUUAUAAUCGAAGUAAAUUUAUGUAUAACUAAUUAUUGUGUUAUCUCUCUGAGAAAAUAUCAAGCGCCUGUGUGCACAGAAGAAACGCUUAAAGGCCGAAUUUAUAAUCGCUUCUCGGGUCAAACGCGCGCAUGUACAUCUCGUAUACAUCUCGUAGAAUGCGUCGCAUCGUCAAAUACUUAUUAAACAUCGAGAAGCAAAUUAUUUUUCAAUAUUUUCGUAAAUAAAAGAUAUAAGAAAUUUUGCACUUAUUAUAAUUAUUGCAAAAUAAA